UUUGAAUGGGGAAUAAGUUGGGUAGGAGGCGGCAGGUGGUUGACGAGAAGUACACAAGGCCACAGGGGCUGUAUCAGCACAGAGAUGUUGAUCAUAAGAAGCUGAGGAAGCUCAUUCUUGACUCCAAGCUGGCUCCAUGUUACCCUGGAGACGAAGAGUGCACCUUCGAUCUUGAAGAAUGCCCAAUCUGCUUUUUGUAUUACCCGAGUCUCAAUCGCUCGAGAUGCUGCAUGAAAGGCAUUUGUACAGAAUGUUUUCUGCAGAUGAAGCCUCCUCAUUCAACUCGUCCAACACAAUGCCCCUUUUGCAAGACUUCUAAUUAUGCUGUGGAGUAUCGUGGCAUGAGGUCAAAAGAAGAAAAGGGCAUGGAGCAAGUUGAAGAGCAGCGGGUUAUUGAAGCAAAAAUAAGGAAGCAGCAGCAGGAGCUUCAGGAGGAAGAAGAGAGAAUGCAGAGAAGGCAAGAGAUGGGUUCUUCCAGCAGGGUUAUGACACCAGCAGACGUUGAAUUUCAGGGUGUAUUGGUGCAACCAUUUAUUUUCCCUGUGGAAGGUGAUGAGAUCAUGUCUUCUCAGGAUUCAUGCACUGUGCCUACAAUCAUGCAAUCUUCACGUCAAACACACAAUAGGGAUGAUGAAUUUGACCUUGAACUGGAGAAUAUAAUGGUCAUGGAAGCAAUUUGGCUUUCCAUUCAGGAUCAUGAUGCUCGCAGAUAUCCAACUCACGUUGCUGCUGCAACCACUGAGCAGUUUGUCAAUGAAGAUCGGUAUGUUUCUCCAGCCAUGGUCCCAUUGGCUGAAGCAUCUUCCCCAUCUGGUGGUGGUCUAUCUGGUGGUCUUGCUCGUGCAGUUGCUGCUGUUGCUGAGAUUCAGCAUAGGGAUGGGGAUCCCUCCACUAAUGAUGUUGGAAAUUCUAGAGCUUUCAGCUUGCUCACAGCUUCUGGAAGGUCAUCCAGUGGGGAGGAGAGAGUAGCAGAUACUUGCCCUUCAGGUAGCUGGAUCGAUAUCUCACCAGACAGUGGAAGGGCAAUGUCAAGGGGAGAGGCAGAGUGGGGAAUAGAUCAUGGGUCAGAGAUAGCCGAGGCAGGGACUAGUUAUGCGAGCUCUGAUGCAACAGUAGAUGCAGGGGGAGGUGGAUCUUCUCUCCACGAUGGUAUGGAUGACCGGUUUCAGCCUAACAUGACAGAGACUACCAUGCCUGAGAGUUUUGAGGAGCAGAUGAUGCUGGCAAUGGCUGUUUCGAUAGCAGAAGCUCACUCUAGAACAAGUGCACAAGGAGUUGCAUGGUAUUAGCUGGUGAAGUUACUUAUUGGUUCUCUCUUCCCCCUUCCACUACCCCUACCCUGUCUAUUUCUUCCCCUUUUAGCAGAGGCUUGAGCAAGAUCAAGUGCUGAAAGGAGUUAUAUUGCAUUCAUUUGCUUCAUCUCUCCUCCCUCCUUCCCCCACCCCUCCCCUUCUCCCUCUCUCAUUGAGAUCUUUUUUCUUUUAUUUGUCGUUACGACAUCAAUAGAUGUAAAAAGGAAAGGCGUUUUUUAGUUGAUGCAAGUUUCUUAGGUUCAUGAAUUGCUAUGAUCUUUCAGUCC